CACGCACUCGACUGCAAUCGGAAUGGUACAUGAAUCCAGCAUCCGCCCCUCCCCGUCAUGACGUCACCCGGUCCCCGGGAUUGCGCUUCCCGCAGCAGAGCAACGACACGAUUUAGGGUUGGGCGCAUCGUCAUCUAUGGGAAGGCGCCAUCCCACUUGCUUGGCUGCCCCAGAGGUGCAUUAUAACCUGUCUCUCUCUCGUCUUGCUAAAUUUUCUGGCUGGUACAUCUUGCACAGGCUGCAUAUUCCGCACACACUACAGAAUAUAUUCGACCAUCCCACACCAUAACUAUAAUCUAAAAAGCGAAGAUGAACCGCAACAUGUCUAUCCGCUCUCGCAAAGAGCCCAGCGGCGGCCGCCACCGCUUCACUAUGUCCACCUUCAGAGGCAUGCAGCAGCCCGAGCUCAGCCGCAAGCUCAGCCGACUUAUCAAGAGCGAGAACUCGGCCAUCGGUGCCCACGAGACCGCCGGUCGGGAGCGUGCUGCUAUCGCCGCAGCUCUCUCGGAUUGGGGCGAGUCGACCGAGGACGAUGCCGUCUCCGACAUCUCUGAUAAGCUGGGCGUGAUGCUGUCUGAGAUUGGAGAACAGGAAGACAUCUUUGCGCAGAACUUGGAGGAUUAUCGCGGUGUCCUGAAGCAUAUUCGUAACAUGGAGGCUUCUGUGCAGCCGUCCCGGGAUCAGCGCCAGAAGGUGACUGAUGAGAUUGCGAAGCUCAAGUACAAAGACCCCACAAGCACGCGUCUAACCACGCUGGAGCAUGAGCUUGUGCGUGCGGAGGCGCAGAAUCUAGUUGCAGAGGCGCAGCUGUCCAAUACUACUCGCACAAAGCUCAAGGAGGCCUUUGAUAUCCACACUGCCGCAAUUAUCGAGCGUGCAGAGAAGCAGAUCAUUCUGGCGCGCCACGCCCGUCGUCUGCUGAACUAUAUCGACGACAGCCCAGUGGUGCCCGGCGAUACGCGCCAGGCGUAUGAUCACGAGUUCGACGCACGCCAGGUCCUUGAGGAUGCCGAAGCCGAUCUCCGUGCUUGGGAGCCGACCUUGGAGCCCAUCUCGAGCUCAGCUGUGGAUGUCCCCACUCACGUCAAUGACAGUAGACUGGAUGAACGGGAGCAGGACACGGAGAGCGUGGCUGCUGGCCCAAGCGGUGUCGCAGUUGGCAAUGCGGUCCCAUCGUCUUCCAAGCAGCUGGAAGAGCCUGUUGCUUAGAAUGCCGCUACGCUGGAGGACGAGGUGAUUUUCUGUCUGUCUUCUGUUACCAUGAUAUACUGUAGCCAUGUUGCACUUCCUGUACUUGUUAAUGUGGAGGAUUGGGGGAUGGGUUGUUCAUGCUGGUCACGAUGAAAAUGAACAGGAUGACCAAAUCAAAUUGGCCAAGACUUCAAAUCUUUGAAAUACGGACACGGUGUACGUAGCAGAGCAGUUGCAGAGUGUACUUGUUUGACUUGAAUUUCAAUGUUCGAUGUUUUUUCGUA